CAUACUAAUUUCUGGGUAUUUGUACUUUUCCUUCCUCCCACAUUAUAUAGAGGCCCAUUGUGCUCCUUCCCAUUCCCAAUCCCUCCACCCUCUCCUCUUCCUUCUCCUCCUUCUCUCUGCUGGUUUAACAGAAAUUUUAGCUGAUAAACCAUCGCACAUUGCCUUUUCUUUUGUGUUUUACUGCUGAUAUGGAGAAAUUUGUGAGGGUAGUUUCCAUGGCUCCUCUGCUUCUGCUGCUCUGUUUUCCUUUUGCUUUGGCCGGCCAUGACUACGGGCAGGCUCUGAGCAACAGCAUUCUGUUCUUUGAAGCUCAGAGAUCUGGGUAUCUUCCCCCCAACCAGAGAGUCACUUGGAGAUCCAAUUCUGGCUUGUAUGAUGGCAAGGCCAAUGGGGUGGAUCUGGUGGGAGGGUACUAUGAUGCAGGUGACAAUGUGAAGUUUGGGCUUCCCAUGGCCUUCACAGUGACAAUGAUGUCCUGGAGUAUAAUCGAGUACGGCAGCCAAAUGGCUGCAAGCGGCGAGCUCGGCCAUGCCAUGGAUGCCGUCAAAUGGGGUACUGACUACUUCAUCAAAGCCCACCCAGAACCCAAUGUCCUCUAUGGCGAGGUGGGAGAUGGGAACACUGACCAUUACUGUUGGCAAAGGCCGGAGGACAUGACCACUAACCGCCAGGCUUACAAGAUCAGCCCCAGCAAUCCCGGGUCCGAUCUUGCCGGGGAAACCGCCGCCGCCAUGGCCGCUGCCUCCAUUGUCUUCCGCCGCUCCAACCCUGCAUACUCCCGCGAGCUCCUCAGCCAUGCGUAUCAGCUGUUUGAUUUUGCGGACAAGUACAGGGGCAAAUAUGACAGCAGCAUCACCGUGGCCCAAAAGUACUACCAAUCCGUCAGUGGCUACAAUGAUGAGUUGCUGUGGGCUGCUGCUUGGUUGUUCCAGGCGAGUAACAACCAGUACUACUUGGACUACCUCGGAAACAAUGGUGAUUCCAUGGGAGGAACCGGUUGGAGCAUGACCGAGUUCGGCUGGGAUGUCAAGUAUCCCGGUGUCCAAACCCUUGUUGCCAAGUUUUUAAUGCAAGGCAAAGCAGGUAGUCAUACAGCAGUGUUUCAGAAGUACCAACAGAAGGCUGAGUACUUCAUGUGUUCAUGCGUUGGUAAGGGCAGCCAAAACGCACGGAAGACUCCCGGUGGCCUAAUUUUCCGCCAGAGGUGGAAUAACAUGCAGUUUGUCACCAGUGCCUCCUUCUUGGCCACUGUCUACUCCGACUAUCUCACAUCUUCCAGGAGUACACUUCAGUGUGCUUCUGGCAAUGUGGCACCCAACGAGCUCCUAUCAUUCGCCCAAUCUCAGGUGGAUUACAUUCUUGGAGACAACCCGAGAGCCACUAGUUACAUGGUUGGCUACGGAAACAACUACCCUCAACAAGUCCACCACAGGGCUUCCUCAAUUGUUUCCUACAAGAAGGACUCAUCAUUUGUGAGCUGCAGGGGAGGCUAUGCCACUUGGUUUAGCCGGAAAGCUAGUGACCCCAAUCUGCUUACUGGCGCUAUUGUCGGUGGACCUGAUGCCUAUGACAACUUUGCUGAUCAGAGAGACAACUAUGAGCAGACAGAGCCUGCUACCUACAACAAUGCUCCCCUUCUCGGUAUAUUGGCACGCCUAAAUGCCGGCCAUGGCGGGUAUAACCAGCUCCUACCAGUGGUUACCACUCAGCCAAAAGUAGCUCCACUGCCUAAAGUUGCUCCAGCUUCUCCAGCUCCAUCUUCGAGCCCAAUUGCCAUAUCGCAGAGGAAAACAUCUUCUUGGAUUUCCAAGGGAGUGACUUACUACAGAUAUUCCGCAAUUGUGACCAACAAGUCUGCCAAGGAACUCACAAACCUCAAGCUUUCCGUCUCCAAACUUUAUGGUCCUAUUUGGGGCCUAACAAAGGCCGGCAAUUCCUAUGGUUUCCCCUCAUGGAUCAACUCUUUACCGGCGGGAAAGAGCAUGGAGUUUGUCUACAUCCAUUCUGCUUCUCCAGCAGAUGUCUUGGUCUCAAGUUACUCAUUAGCAUAAGAAAGGAAAAAAGCUCCAUGAAACAAAGGAGAGAGGUUCACGCAGUUUCUGGGGUCGGAAUGUAAGAAUUGUGCAGCUAUACGAAUGCAGACCAGAAGAAACAAGUCCUUUUUAUUUCUUUGCAAAUACUACUUAUGAUUGGGAGGGGAAGAAAGCAGUGAUGAGACGGGUUUAAAAUGUGUGUUCAUCCUCUUUCACCUCAACUUUCAGUAGGAUUAUUAUAUAGAUAGGUUCCGAGAGAGAGUUACAGUUAAAACGUGAGUGAGAGUUUGAGGGGGUUGAGAAAAAAAUGACUUCUCUCAACUGGUUUCAAGAAGUCUUGUUUCUUUGUACUUCAAAGCAGCUUUGGAUGUCCUUUCGCUUUUUUUUACUUUUUUGUGUUGUGAAUGUUGUAAGCUUUGCAACAUUGUUUGAAUGGA